UUAGUACCGCGUGGUUCAAGAAACACAGAAAACGGGGUCAAAAAACUCCAAAAAAAUACCUCUUUAUUUAUCGAAAACUUCUUCACAAACCACCGAAGAAAAAUGUCGAAUGUAGAAGAUGCUUCCAGUGAGGGGGAAAAUCUUGGUAGUUCUCCUCCGACAGGAAAUUCAACAGCAGCAUCAGCUUUGAUGCAAAAUCCUGAAUUGUUAGCUGCAGUACAGGGUGGAUUGAGUCGGUUGGUUGGGCAGCAAAGUGGAUACAUUCAAAAUUUACCCAAAUCAGUGAAAAGAAGAAUCAAAGCUCUUAAGAAUCUACAGGUUUCUUGUUGUAAACUAGAAGGGAAAUUCUAUGAAGAAGUACAUGCUCUGGAGUGCAAGUAUGCUGAGAAGUUUAAACCAUUUUAUGACAAGGUAAUACUACAUU